AUUAUUAGCCUUUAUCUUCAUUUAAGGGAGAAGAACAAAGCGAGAGAGGGCAACAGAAAGAAAGAAAGAGAUGGGAGCAGAAAGCGUAAUGAAGUUUGUGGUGGAGAAGCUGAAGGAGUUGCUGGUGUUACUAGAGAACUUUGGUGGGUAUUUGGUCGAUGAGGUGGACAAGGUGUUUCCACCAGACUCCAGGGGAGAAAAGCUGCGUCAUUGGAUACAAGUAGGGGCACCUUUUCUCAUACUGGGUUUAGUCCUUGUCGUCUUCUACUAUUGUUGCUGUGGCUGCUGCCGUGGGAGGAGGGGGGUUAAGAUGAUGAAAGCUCCUGGUAGAGAUUAUAGGAUGGCUAGGCCUCCUUUCGAGAGUAACCCCAGAGGCUAUUUCCGCGGCCUUCGCGCUGACCGAAUACAUGUUCGCUAGGCCUUCUCUCUUUCUAUAUAUGUCUGGAAUCUGGAUGGGAUAGGCCCACAGGGGUUUUCAUUGGAAUGGUAGAAUUAAUGGUUUCAGCUUUCAGUCCUUCCAUCCAUAUAUUUUUAUGCGUCUUUGUAAUACAUAUAUGUUUUCUUUAAUUUAUGUGUUUCCUCUGAUUUUUAUUUC